AGGGGGGAGGGGAGGUAGGCAAGAUGGCGCCCGGCGAGUGAUUCACCCCAGAUACGUCCAGCGGCCGCUGAGACACCGGGGCGGGGGGUCCUGCCCCCACGGUCGCCCUUCCUCCUCUACCCCACCCCCGGAGACGCCCCCCUACCCUUCCUCCCUCUACCUCGGGGUGGGGGUGGGGGGGCGAGUCUGGUUCCCGGGACACCAUGUCGGACUCUGAGGAGGAGAGCCAGGACCGGCAACUGAAAAUCGUCGUGCUGGGGGACGGCACCUCCGGGAAGACCUCCUUAGCUACGUGUUUUGCUCAAGAAACUUUUGGGAAACAGUACAAACAAACUAUAGGACUGGAUUUCUUUUUGAGAAGGAUAACACUGCCAGGAAACUUGAAUGUUACUCUUCAAGUUUGGGAUAUAGGAGGACAGACAAUAGGAGGCAAGAUGUUGGAUAAAUACAUCUAUGGAGCACAGGGAAUCCUGUUGGUAUAUGAUAUUACAAAUUAUCAAAGCUUUGAGAAUUUAGAAGAUUGGUAUUCUGUGGUGAAGAAAGUGAGCGAGGAGUCAGAGACUCAGCCGCUGGUUGCCUUGGUGGGCAAUAAAAUUGAUUUGGAGCAUAUGCGAACAGUAAAACCUGAUAAACAUUUACGGUUUUGCCAGGAAAAUGGUUUUAGUAGCCACUUUGUCUCAGCAAAGACAGGAGACUCUGUCUUCCUGUGUUUUCAGAAAGUUGCUGCUGAAAUCCUUGGAAUCAAGUUAAACAAAGCAGAAAUAGAACAGUCACAGAGAGUGGUGAAGGCAGAUAUUGUAAACUACAACCAGGAGCCCAUGUCAAGAACUGUUAACCCUCCUAGGAGCUCUAUGUGUGCAGUUCAGUGAGCACAGCUUGCUUUUGUCCCCGUAGUCCUGGCUGCCCCUCGCCUCUGUGUGGGCCCGGCGCCUCUGGAAGCUUGUGUUCUCCGUGGCCAUCUCUGUUGUUCAGUUAACGCUUUCCUCUCAGCUCCCUCAGUCAGCCGCAGGCCGCUCCCUGGCCCGGACGGAAUUCCACUUCUGGACGGCACACUUGGAAUCCGAAAUGGCCCUUCUCUGGACUUAGACGGCUUCACUGGAAAAGAAUAACGUUGGUCCUCUUUACGUUCUCCCUUCUCUGUCACCUGACGUAAACUUUUUUAGACAAAUCUGAAAACUCCACGAGUCUUGGUCAGCAGCCAGGAUUUGGCCACGGCACGGUUUCAUUCUCUUCUCUGAACUCCUACCUGGCAAAGUACGCGUCAGACUGCAAACAUUUAAACAAGUAACGUAUUUUAUCUACAGAUACUUCAGAAGGCAUUCUUUUGCUGUCUCUUGUGAGUGAAAAUAUCUAAAGUUGUAUCCACCUGAAAAUGCUUGAAAUAAAGCUCUAAUAGAUCUA